AUGUCUGACUCAGCCUCGUCCGCCCAGGGGUCUAUCCCAGAUCUCGCAACCCGAUACAGUGGCGUGCCAAAAAGACUCACUCAGGAAGCCAUUGAUGCUAAAGCAAGGCUGUAUUCUCAGAAGACGCUUCCAGACAGUGUCCCCCGAAGGAGAGUUGCGCUACCACCAGACGUGAGCAGGGAAAGCUUCGACCAAGCUGUUGCGGAGCUAAAGAAUGCCCUUGGGGACGAGAAUGUUCAGGUAAAUGAUGGGCCACUCAUUGACGGGUGGUAUAUGGAGCAUCCUAAUACCCACGACGCAUAUCAUAUUGCCGACCAGGAAGAGCUGAUAUGCAGCGCCCUGGUAUAUCCUUGCAGCACAGCCGAAGUGCAAACUGUGGUAAGAUGGGCCAACAAGCACAGGAUACCCAUCUACCCAAUCUCCAUGGGCCGGAAUAUCGGUUAUGGAGGGGCAGCUCCCCGUAUCCCUGGCUCCGUUGUCGUUGAUCUAGGUCGGAGGAUGAAUAAGAUUCUCAAUGUGGACGCGGAUAAUGCUUCUUGUGUGGUGGAGCCAGGCGUCUCGUAUUUUGCCUUGUAUGAGGAGAUCCAAAAGAGGGGGCUGGCCUUAUGGAUUGAUUGUCCGGAUCUUGGAGGCGGAAGCGUUCUUGGAAAUGCCAUCGACCGCGGCGUUGGAUAUACCCCCUAUGGUGAUCACUUCGCCAAUCAUUGUGGUAUGGAACUAGUGCUUCCGACGGGAGAAUUGCUCCGAACUGGCAUGGGCGCAAUGCCCGGCAAGGAUGGCGCAGACAACCCGACAUGGCAAUCCUUUCAAGCAGCUUAUGGACCCUACGUCGAUGGAAUCUUCAGUCAGAGCAAUUACGGCAUCAUCACCAAGAUGGGAUUUUGGCUGAUGCCGGAGAUCGGUCAUCAAUCAUACAUGAUCACGUUCCCCCGCGAGGAUGACUUUGAGCAGAUCGUGGAGAUCAUCCGGCCGCUUGCACAGAAGCGGAUCCUAGGCAAUAUCCCCCAGUUGAGGCAUGUCAUCCAGGAAUUGGCCGUGAUGGGUAAACCUCGAUCAUUUUGGUACAGCAGCAAGGGUCAGAUGCCAAGGGAAGUGAUACGAGAAAAGGCUUCCAAGUUGCCCUGUGGCGAUUGCUCAUGGGUGUUCUACGGCACUCAAUACGGUGAUCCGACCUCGAUCGAGGCUCAGCUGAAGAUCAUAAAGGCGGAGUUUGGCAAAAUCAAGGGCAGCAGAUUCAUGUUGCCUUCGGAUGUGCCGGCGGAUCAUUAUCUCCAUUCGCGAGUCCAAGUAUGUAGUGGCGUGCCUGUAUUGAAGGAACUCGACUGGCUCAACUGGGUCCCCAAUGCCGCGCAUCUGUUCUUCUCCCCCAUCUCACCGACCAAAGGCAAGGAUGCAAGCAUCAUCCACAGCACCAUCACCAAGCUGCAUGAGAAAUGGGGCUUCGAUGUCUUCCCCACCAUGUGUGUCGCAGGCAGGGAGAUGCACUACAUCGCCAACAUUGUCUACGAUCGGUCCGACUCGGACGCAAAGAGAAGGGCGACGGGGCUGAUGCGCGACAUGAUUCGAGCUGCGGCCAGGGAAGGCUACGGCGAGUACCGCACCCAUCUCCUGUUCGCGGACCAGGUGGCCGAGACGUACAGCUGGAACAAUGGCGCGUUGCGCAGGUUCAAUGAGACCAUCAAAGACGCCCUCGACCCCAAUGGGAUCCUGGCGCCCGGUCGGAACGGGAUAUGGGGAAAGAGAUUCCGAGGCAAAGGGUGGGAGAUCUUGGACGGGGACCAGAGGAAUAUGCUGAAGGACGGGGUGAGUCCAAAGUUGUAG